AUGAGAGAGUAUUCAUGUAUGCUGGUAACUAAUAAACUAGCAAGGCCAGUACAACCAACCAUCUAGCUAGAUAUUCUACAAGAUUUAAUAAACUUAAUGACUAGUAAAAUGAGCCAAGAGUCAAUAAAGAAGACUCAGGCACAACUCAAGCAAAGUUUUAUCUAUCAAUGGGUGGAGAUAUUAGAAGCAAUAAAGACUACUUUUAAUUUUGUUGAUGCAGUUUUUAUUCAACACUUCCAGGAUGAAUUACAAGCAAAGUAUGAUCAACUGACUGAUUUAAAGGAUGAUAUCACAUUGAGUGAUGAUGAUAUUUUCAAUAUGAUACUUGAAAAUAUCGAUAUCAAGUCUAACAAUAAGUAGUUCACUCUCGCUUAAUAUUGCGUUGCUAAACUCUACAGUUUUAUUACACGGUAACUAUGGGUUGUUCUUUCUGGCUAAGGUAAGUCAAGAAUCUCUGCUGGUAUUGCUAUGACUGCUUUGUUGUGGGGAUCAGUUACUAAGAUCCAUAUGGUGUUCCCUAAUGAGAAACUAAAGGAGAGAGAUAUGAAAGACUUUGAAAUCUCUCUCAGAUCCACCCAAGUUCAAGCUGUUUGUUUAAAACUCUCCCUGUAUAUGUUUCACUGCUACCUCUGCUAAUAGCACUGUGGAGGAAAAGGUUCUGCGGGAUUGAAAUUCGAGUUAUACUCCUACUCGUUCAAUGAUGCUGCAAUCAUAGAUAAAACUGGUGCACUAAUGGUUGUAGUGAACUACAAAGAAAACACAAUGGAAGAGAAAGCUAUUCACAUCAAAGAGCUUGCCAAGUUAUCACCAUUGCUAGUAUACUGUUAUAAAGAACUUACUAUUGCAAUCAUUGAUGCUGGUAUUCCUCCUGUUAUGAUUGAAGCAGGAGUUGACUAUGAACGCCUUCAGUAUAUACUUGGAAUGAAUGACUUCGACUACAGAUCAGAGUUUAUUCCUAUGACUCUUGUUCUUGCUAAGAGCAGUGUUAACAGUAGAAAGCUAUUCAAGGCUUUAAAAGAGUGGGAAGAUUCAGAGACAAAUGCAGCAGAAGCGCUAAGAGACAGACACAAUUACUCUAGUAGUGAGUAUAACUACAAAAAUAACGACAACAACAAUAACACUCGAUGUUUGAGUGUAAAAAAUUUAAACAAAUAAUAAUCUCUUAAUUCACUAAUCAUUCACCAAAAUACUUCUUUAUUUGUUGUUAUCAUCAUCAUUAAGAAACUUUGUCUCUUUGGCCUACUCAUUCAUUCUUAGUUAGUCUUCCUCUUCAUUACUACCGUCCUCGACUUCAAAACCACAUUUGGUCUCGACCACGACUUUAAAUAUUAAUUAUUAUAAAGCGCUAACAUUAAAAGUGUUUUCCAAACUUCAAACACCGAGCCAGUGGCAGACCAAAAACCAAAGAGAAAACUGCAAAAAUGUUUGUAAGACUUUGAGAAUCUCAAACAUAUCGAUAAAGGGUCACCAAUGCAUCCCAAAAGGUCGUUUAUCUGUGAGUCAGGUUUCGCUUCUGCCUCACGCUCUCAAUUGUUUAAUUUGGUGUUUAAACCCUGA